AGGGGGGCUCCAGGCACCAGCACCAGGGCCAGGAGCUGCCCCAUUGAACCUGCCCCAGGGAGCUGCUGGGCUGGGGGGUUCUGAGGUGCUGCAGAGGCCUGGAGGUGCCCUGGGCUCUGAGCUCCAUCAGCUCCCUGGGCCCAUGAGGAUGGGGAUGGGGCGGGUGAUGCUCCUGCUCUUGGCUGCUUGCACCGUGGUACCCGCCAGGGACUCACUGCUGAACGUCUGCAUGGAUGCCAAGCACCACAAGACCAAGCCUGGCCCCGAGGGGAUGCUCUAUGAGCAGUGUGCUCCCUGGAAGGACAACGCCUGCUGCACGGCCAACACCAGCCUGGAGGCCCACCGGGACCAGUCCUACCUGUACAACUUCAACUGGAACCACUGCGGGGUGAUGCCCCCCCGCUGCAAGCGCCACUUCAUCCAGGACACGUGCUUGUACGAGUGCUCCCCCAACCUGGGGCCAUGGAUUGACCAGGCCGACAGCAGCUGGCGGCGGGAGCGCAUCCUGCACGUGCCCCUGUGCCGGGAGGACUGCGAGCAGUGGUGGGAGGACUGCAAGGACUUCGUCACGUGCAAGGAGAACUGGCACAAGGGCUGGAACUGGGCCACAGGCACGAACCGCUGUCCCUGGGGCUCCCUGUGCAGACCCUUCAGCCAAGUCUUCCCCCGGCCAAAAGAUCUCUGCGAGAAAAUCUGGUCCAACUCGUACAGGUUCAGCACGGAGCAGCGCGGCAGCGGGCGCUGCAUCCAGAUGUGGUUCGACCCUGCCCAGGGCAACCCCAAUGCGGUUGUGGCCAAGUACUAUGCAUGGAAAAGGAGAUCGGCCGGGAUGGAGACCGCGUCUCCCGAGAGCAGCAGAGCUGAGGGUGCUCUGCCAUGGCCCGUCCUGCUCCUGCUGCCUCUGGGCAUCGUGGUGCUCCUCGAUGGAGCUGGGGGCUGUGGGUCCCAUGGGGGGGGGUCCCCAUGACUCCUUCCAGGGGGACAUGGCUGCUGCUGCUGCCCUGCACGAGGAGCUGGCACAGGGAGCUUGGUUCUGUCC